UCCACUCGCCCUCCCAUUCCUCCACUCUCAGUUUCUCCCACUUUCUCAGCACCCAAACAGAGAAAAGAAAACAAAAUAAAAAUGGUGAGAGACGUUAAUUUGUACGUUACGGUCCCUAAUCUCUUCCGGUGUCCCAUCUCACUUGACGUGAUGAAAUCACCUGUGAGUCUCUGUACCGGUGUCACCUACGACCGCACCAGCAUCCAGCGGUGGUUGGAUAGCGGCAACAACACGUGUCCUGCCACGAUGCAGGUUCUCAACAGCAAGGAGUUCGUUCCCAACCGCACUUUACAGAGACUCAUCCAGAUCUGGUCUGACUCAGUCCAGACUCAGAACGAUCUCCGAGUCGACUCAGCCGCCCACUCGGUCGUCACCGAGGAAGAGGUUGAGGUUUUAGUGAAAGAAAUGAGAGCCCAGAAGGAGAAAGUUGAUCAUUUGUCGAAAUUCAUCUGUUUCGCUAAAGAAUCCGAGGAGAACUGCGAGUUCUUGGCGAAAUUUGAUGGGUUCGUGGAAAUGCUCGUCGGGUUUCUUGAUGGCGAUAAGGACAUUGAUUUUCUCGAGCGAGUCGUUAGAGUAUUUGCUAUGAUCCUGAACAAAGUUGGAGAUUACAAGGCGUUAAGGUUAUUGAUUUUGAAGCAAAACAAUGAUGGCUCUCACGAUUGUUUGUCUUCUCUCCUUCUUGUCUUGAAACAAGGAAGAAGCGUGAAUUCACGAGUUGGAGUUAUUAAAAUCAUUGAAGCCAUAACUCUCGACGCCGAGUCAAAACAGAUGCUUUCGGAGAAAGAAGGGUUCUUGCUCGAAUUGGUUAAAUUGAUCAGCUUAGAAAAAGAUCCGAGCUUGAUCGAAGCAAGUUUAUCGUGUUUAACAGCGAUAUCUAUGUCGAAACGUGUUAAAAUAAAGCUAAUCAAUUUAAAAAUAAUUGCAGAGCUAAGAAAACUGUUAACAGGAGGGCAGAACGCGAGCGUUUCGAUCAUAGAAAAGGCAUUGAAGUUGCUAGAAAUGGUAGCGUCAUUCAGAGAAGGGAGGGCGGAGUUUUGCAAUGACGCAGCUUGUGUUGAGGCUGUGAUGAAUAAAGUGCUGAAAGUUUCGAGUGAGGCGACGGAACAUGCGGUGAUGAUAUUGUGGAGUGCGUGUUAUUUGUUCAGAGAUCGGGUGGCACAAGAUGCAGUAGUGAAGAGCAACGGGUUGACGAAGAUAUUGUUGUUAAUGCAAAGUAACUGUUCACCUGGAGCCAGGCAAAUGUCUGGUGAUUUGCUGAAGAUUUUCAGGGUGAAUUCUAAGUCUGAUUCUUGUCUUUCUAGCUAUGAAACUAAGACUACUCACAUCAUGCCCUUCUGAUCGUGUGUUUGCAAAUAUGGGGUGUGAUUGAUAUAGUUUUUCUCUCUUUUUUCAAGAGAGAUUUUCUUGUUCUUGUAAAUCCAAAGGAAAAUUUUGUUAGUGAAUACAAAAAGAGAAUCCAAUUGAUUGAUUUUGCAUGGGAAA